AUGAGCUUCCACACUUUGAAAGGGAAGUUCUUCAGCAUUCAGACCCUUUACUCAAUCUUUGGCCUAGAAGAUCAGUCCUUCCCGCUAGACAUGGCUGAAGAAUCUGUUGAUGACAUGUACCAUAACUGUGAUACCGAGAUGGAAAAAAAGGUCAAGGAAGAAUAUUUUAAAAAUGAAACAAACAAUAAACUGUUUAGAGGAGUGUGGAAUGAAUCUGAAAAUUGCUCCCAAAACAACAUGAAAAAAAGAGAAAAAGAAGAUGAAAAACUAACAGAAUAUAAUAUGAAGGCAAUUUGUGUUUACACGGCUGGAGGACAGAAAAACUUCUACCAGAUAUUCAAUCAAGCAGUUAGGAUCAUGAGAAGGAACUAUAGUUCAUCCUUUGAAUUUCAUUCCCUACAUUUCUGGCUGACCAGGGCUGUACAGAUACUAAAUAAACCAGAAUGUAAAACCACAUACCGCAGAACCGAAGCUGAGUUCACUGGUGACGUCAACCAAGAGAUGCGGUUUGGUACUUUUACUUCUUCUUCGGAAUUACCUUACCUGUUUCAUUUUGGUAAAAAGACAUGCUUUAAAAUUCGCACUUGUUAUGGUGCUAAUUUAAAAGCUUACCCAGUCCUGAAAAAUCAUGAGAAGGAAUGGCUUAUUCCUCCAUAUGAGAAGUUCAAAAUAACCAGCAAAGAUAAAGCAGAUGAACUCAGUGACUGUGACAGUGUUUUUACUUUGAAUAGUACUGGUAUCCUAAGCAACCUCAACUGCAGUCUAAUACAUUCAUAA